AUGUCUCCAUCAGCCGUACCAAGCAUGCCGCAAGAGCAAGCCUCGGCGGCAAAGUCGGCCGUUCCCGCAGCCGACGGCGGGAUGGCGUGCCAACUUGACAAAAUGUGUAUUGGCCCGAAUCCACUGACCGGGAUCCCCGAAUUUGUCUCAUACCAUGAGCACAGAAAACACAUCCUCUUGCACAUGGCGGCCGUUUUCAGGAACUGGGCUCGUGUCGGCUUCACUGAGGGCAUCUCAGGCCACAUCAGCGUGCGCGACCCAGAGCACGAGGACUGUAUCUGGAUGAACCCGAUCGGCAAACACUUCGGCCUCAUGAACGCCAGUGACAUGGUCUGCUUGGAAAUCAGUACCGGCCGUAUCGUUGGGGGUAAUCGGAAUCGUCCCGUUAAUUCCCCCGGGUUUUUCAUCCACUCGGAGAUACACAAGGCACGACCUGAUGUACACUCCAUCUGUCACGCCCACACCAUGGCGGGUCGCGCCUGGACGGUGUUUGGUAAGCCACUGGACAUGAUCACGCAGGACGUCUGCGACUUUUAUGGGGUGAUUGCCACCAUGAAUGAGUACAGCGGCAUUGUCACUGCCGAGGAGGAGGGCAGGGAGAUUGCUCGCUGGCUCGGCCCGAAGGGUAAGGCUGCCCUGCUUCUCAACCACGGUCUCCUUACAGUGGGCUCUACCGUCGAUGAAGCUUCUUUCUUGUUCGGCCUGCUUGAUCGUAGCUGCGACAUUCAGCUGCGGGUGGAGGCGGCCAAGUCUGGCAACCCGGAGCUGAAGAAGCAUAUUAUUCCUGACGAGCUCGCUCGUCUCAAUUUUUCCAUGGCGGGAGAAGAGAACUGGCUGUAUGUAGAAGCUCAACCGGAUAUCGAGUAUGAGAUUGCGCUGGCUGGGGAUGUCAUUAAGGAGGGUCUUGAUGACAUGACCGUUGAUUCCUUGUAG